AUUUCAUGGAACGGUCCAAUCAAAUCAUCUGUCUCACUCACACAUGAAGUACAGAGCAGGAAAUGUACACACUGACUGUUGGAACUUUGUUUCAACAGAUCCUGCAGAACCUGAAACACACACACACACACACACACACACACACACACACACACACACACACACACACACACACACACACACACACACACACACACACACACACACACACACACACACGUUGUGCAACAGUAAAAAGAGGAAACAGGAAACAGAGAAGAAGACAAUGAGUUUGAGCUGAAAGCCGCGUCUUGAGGGACACAGACCCUGACUAGAGAGAGAGAGACAGGUUGUGUGUGAUCCUGAAUUGUGUGUGCGUGUGUGUGUGCGUGUGUGUGUGUUAGUGUGAGGAUGAGUGGUGGUAAAAAGAGGAGUGGCUUCCAGAUCACCAGCGUGACCUCAGACUUCAACCAAACUCUGGCCGGCCAAUCAGCACCCGGCGUGGUCCUGACCGUCCUCCAAUCAACAGCCGCUUCCUGCAGCCCUCAAGGAAGCUCCUCCCAGCCGACCACGCCCUCUCUGAAGAGGAAGUACACCUCCCAUGAUGCCUUGGGGCAGGUGGGGUCUUCUUCCAGGUUCAGGGUGGUGAGGCUGGUGGUGGGCGGGGCCUACGGCGGUGGGCGGGGCCAGCCGUAUUGCCGCGGGCGAUGGACAUGCACAGACUUUAUGGAGCAACAGGAAGGGGCGGGGUUUAGGCGGGUGAUGGACACCAUGAGACACGCCCACUCGCUGGAGUCCCUGGAGAUCAUUGGCCGGGACACAGACAGAGGCGGAGUCCACCCCCAUGGCACUGCCCACCUUUGGACUCAGCCAAUCAGAGGAAGGGAGGCAGCGGGUCUGAUACAGCGCAGCGGGCCGCCGUCACCAACACACCAAGAACCAAUCAGCAUCCGGCUCCUGGACUGGAACGAGCCAAUGGGAGCUCAGGGUUCUGGCUCCACCCCUCCACCUCUAUUGCCCCGCCCACGAAACACCCCUCCCCCUCUACGAUUGGACGUCGACUCAUCAGGACGGUCUGUCUUCAAGCUGUCUCACUCUCAGCCAACUCCCCCCGCUGGAUCGUACCACCGCCCUCUGACCCCUGCUCGGACUCCAGCAGCCUUCAGUCUGGGCCAAACCAUCUUCAACCUGCCGGGGGACAACAGCAGCUCCAGUAGCAGUCUGAUCACCAUUGACAAUAGAAUCGAGGUGGCCAUGGACCUGGUGAAGAGUCACCUGAUGCUGGCGGUCAGAGAGGAGGUGGAGCUUCUGAGGGAACAAAUCAGAGAAUUGCAAGAGAAGAACCAACAGCUGGAAAGAGAGAACCACAUCCUGAGAACCCUAACACACACUACACACACUACACACAACACCUAACACACACACAUAGUACAUUAAAUACACACAACAUACACAAUAAACAAAACACACUGACACACAUCUGGGACUGACCACGCACUCACCUGAGAGCGUUGUUGUGGUAACAACUUGAGGAGGAUGCUGGUAACCAUGACAACAGGACUGUAUCAGCUGAGAUGUUCUGCAAGAAGAUGAUGAAGAUGGUGAUGAUGGUGAUGAUGAUGAUGAUGAUGA